UAGGCCAAGAUGGCAGCCACAGUUGCCCGCCGUGCAGGUUGCAUCUUGCAACGCACCAUCUCCUGGCCAAACGGCGGACACCCUCGUUCUGAAAGUGCCAAAACGUGUCGGGAGCCUCUCUAUUUAAUUUCCCUUGACCGCUACGUCAAAGACCUGGGGUUUGGAAUAUUUUUCCCGGAAGCGAUUCAUGCUUCUGACAGCCUUUACGAUGCUACAGUGAGCGACGGCGACUGCAGACUGCGGGUGACCAUCCACCCGAGUCUGAACCCGUUAGUGGAGAGGAACGAUCUGCGGUGCGGCUGCCAGCUCAGAAACGUCACGUUUUCCAGUGUCGCCGAGGCGGAGGACGGAAUCGAUGGAGACGGCUGUCCCGCCUACCGCGUGGUGAGCCUGGAAGUGGACGCGGACGCGGGGGACGACGCGGGUCUGGAGGCGUUCUGCGGGAUCGACCUGGACGCCCUGCCGUGGUUCGGUCUUCAGGGGGACGACCAACCCAGCCUCCUUCCGCUGCGGGCGCAGAGAAGCUCCUACCUGCCGCUGUGGAAUAACCACGAUUAUCUCGGCGAGAUGUGGAGGGACACUCCACCGCCUGGCAGCGGCGGCGGCAGCGACAGCUCAGAAUCGGACUCCGGGGAAGGCACCGAAGACCUACAGGCAACAGUCACCCUGCAGGAAGUCAGACAGGGAUUCCUCUCUCGGUCCCGGGUCAUCAGGGGGGUUCUGGUGGUCCAGAUUCUGCAGAAGUCCCGGCUCUUCUAUUACGGCAGGGCAGAGCGGAACUGCAAGAGCCCCUACAAGGCAAUUCUGGAGGUGGCGGACUGGUCAGGCCGUGCCACCGUAGUCCUGUGGAACAGUGUCUGCAUGGACUGGUACCGCUGUGUCCACCCAGGGGUGGUGUUGAGGCUGGCCCGCUACAGGGUGAAGGAGAGCUACAACAGCAGGAUGGGAGAGAACGAGCAGGAUGACAUUGAGAUCAGCCUGAACUCCAGGAAUCCCUCAGCCAACAUCUCUGUGAUCCCAAAGAAGGAUGUCCUUCCACAAUGGCAGCUACCACGCCCUUCUUACACAUUCUACAGUGGGAAGGACAUUCUAAGCUGUCCCCUGGGGGCCACCUGUGAUGUCAUCGGUCUGGUGGUGUUUGUUGGGCGAGCAGAACGCACCAGGCGAAAGGAUAGCCAGGGGAUGGAUUUAUGGGAGUACCGAUGGCUGCGAUUGGAGGAUGGGACCACAAACCAGCCAAUCUUGGUCAAGCUUUUCUCCACUUCUCAGCCAGAGAUACAUUCUGUCAUACAUCCAUUGUCAAUCCUGGUGUGCACCAACCUCCAGCUGGUGAGGACUGCUCCAGACAGGCCCUCGUCCUUCCAGUACCUGACCAACACCAGCCUCACACAGGUGUACUGCACAGGUUCAGGCCAUCACUCAACCAUGCCCUACAGACGACUCCACCCAGUGAGGCAAUUCAUCCAAUGGCUGCAGACGGUGGACGAGAACCAGGUACUUGGCAGGGCAGUGAUUGGUGGAUUCUUCAGCUAUCCACCACUCCCUGUCUCCCUGGAGAGGUACAUGAAAAACAGAAAAGGGGAGCCGGGCCUGGUUAGUGGAGCGGAGCUGAGGAGGGAGGCUGAGAAGCUGCAGUACAGAGAGAGCCGCAUGUUCGCCAUCCAGGCCACCAUCACCGCAGUGUCAUACACUGUGGCUGGAGAGGAGGAAGGCAGCCUCUCUCUCUCCACCAUCCCAGCUGGUCCGACCAACUCGAGCCCCUGCUCUCCUGAUCAUGGCGGGGAGUCCAUCAUCGGCUCCUCUCCCCCCUCCUCCAUCACGCUCAGCCCCAGAUCCCCCAGGCUGAGAGCAGGGCCAGGACUGGCAGGCAGCAGCAGAUCUGCGAAGAGAAGAUUGUUUCACAGUGCAGAGCCCCCCAGGAAAAGGCUGGCCCUGCCUCUCUGCUCUCCUCAGCAUGCUGACCUAGAGGAGGAUAGAGAUUUCAGUCUGUGGGAAGCCUCGAUGGAAUUCCUGGAGAGGAACGAGGAGGAGGAGGAGAGCGACAGUGAUGAUGACGAAGACGAUGAGACCCUGAGCUUCGUCACGGCCACCACCAGCCCCCUCUCCCCCCGCAGGUCCCAGCUGGGCUUGGCACGGGCGGCGGGUGAAACGCUGCCGCGCCAAUUCUGCCCGCAGCGGAGAGCGGUCCAGGCCGCGGCCGUGGGGCUCCAGCCGGGCCGUCUGCAGGAGACCCUCCCCAAAAGGAAGCUGGACACCUUCGCCCUCGCCAACUGCUACAGCGGCCACUACACCCUUUCCCUCAGAGCUCUUACUGACGGCAUCUUGAUCAACGCCCUCUUUCUACCUGCCUCCCCUGGGAACCUACACUGGAGCCCCCAUCCCCACCCACACAGCAACAGCUGGGAGGCCAUCCUGUCCCACGGGGGCUUCUCCCCCUCCACGCCCCCUCCUGCACCCUCUGACCUGAUUGCCAUGGCGACGCAGUUGACCAAUCAGAGGCUGGUAUGCGUACUGGAGGUGUGCCAGCUGGGCGGAGGCAGAAUGGAGGUGGUGUUGAGCCGCGCAUUCCCCCUGAGGGACUGAGGACUGUUUCAUGGAACACUCAUGCUCAUCAGAGAUGACUUCUGUGAAGAUCUGCGUUGUCAACCAAACUGUGAUGUUGAGCAAGCUGCGUCUGCCGUUAUUCAUGUCAUUCAAGACUGCCUCUCCAGUUCUGGAAAGAGGCUACAGCUGAAAGUCUCAGACACGUGAAACUUUGAGCACCAUUUUGUUGGUUGGACUCAUCAGCUCCUAAACCAAGGUAGACCCCCUUUUUCAGACCCAUGGUCACCUUGGAGGCGAUGUGAGCUGGAGUCUGUCGAAAGCUUUGUUAAAAAUCUGUUCAUUAUUGAGAAAUGCACUAGAAGGGCACUUUUUUUUUCAUUUGUCUUUUAUUUUUUAUAUUUUGUAUACUUUCUGCUACCAUUCCUUAAAAGGCAUUAUUUAUAGAAGCCAAUAUUUAUUUGUCCUGUUAGAUGUUUUUUUAAUGUCUUUAGGGAGUUUUUUUGUACUUGAUCUGAAUGUUGUGUUGAAUUCUGCAAACCCACAGAGGGAGCAGGAUGCCUAGAGUUGGAAAAGGGGGCAUUUCCUGUUUGUUGAGAAGGCU